CUGGUUUUUUAUUAUUUUUUUAUCAAUUUUAGAAAAAUUAUAAAGGAGUAGAAAAGUGCCACAACGGCAAAAGGAAACCAUCAAACCAACUGUAUAUAAGAACAACGAAAUUAGGAAUCAAAUAACUAUAAAAUAAGAUUUCUCUGUGAUUUACUAACCAUAAAUUGAUAUUUCGUUGACAGAAAAUAGCUGCAAUACUGAAUGAAAGAAUCUAACAGUUGGGUAUUAGUUUUAGAUUUUGGAUGUACCUUUUCGUCAACUUUGGUAAGGGCUGUUAGGGAACUAGGGGUCAGAUGUGAGUUAGAAAGCCUUGAGAAGUUUAAGGGACUAGAUAAGAAGAAUUUGCCAAGCGGAGUUUUCCUGGUUGGAGGUAACGAAAGUGUCUUUGACGAGGAUGUUUUAAGUGUUGAGAAGUCACUUUUGGACACUCUCAAGGGUCAUAAAGUGCCCGUACUCUCACUUUCCUUUGGGAUGAUGUCGGUUGCAAAGUCGUUUGGCGCUAAAUUGAGAAAGACCGACAACAAGGAUUACGUUGUUACCAAAUGUUCUUUGAAGAGUAGUGAGCUCUUUGACAGUGUGCCAAAUAGUUUGACAGUUUUUCUGAACACUCUGGACAGCGUUGAGUCAGUUCCCUCGGGAUUUGAAGUUAUUGCGAACCAUUCUGAUGCCCCUGUUGGUCUUUACAACUCAGAUUAUAACCUAUUUUGCCUUUACUUUCAUCCAGAGUCCGUAGAUACUGAAAAGGGAAAUACAAUCUUACACAACUUCCUGUAUAAGGUCUGUAAGUGUGAUAAAACAUGGAACCUCCCCGAGUAUCUUGAGAGGGAGUUGGAACGCAUAAAAGAACAGUGUGGAUCUGAUAAGAAUGUGGUUGCAGCCCUUUCAGGUGGAGUUGACAGCACUGUCUCAGCCAAAAUGGUCCAGUCGGUCAUUGGUGACCGCUUCCACGGCGUUAUGGUCGACACUGGUCUAAUGAGACAUAAUGAGAUUGCAGAAUGUGAGAAAAGGGUCAGAAAAGAGGUUCCAGGCAUUAAACUUACUGUAAGACACUCUCAAAACGUAUUUUUCAAAGAAUUAUCCGGUGUAACCGACCCUGAAAUGAAGAGGAAAAUCAUUGGAAGAGUGUACAUUGAGGAGUUUGAAAGGGCAAUUAAGGAAUUGGGCUUUAAUGAGAAGAACUGUUUACUUCUUCAGGGGACAAUAUAUCCGGACAUUAUAGAAAGUGAGCUUAAUAGGCGCAGCAAGUUACCUGUAAAAUCACACCACAACGUCGGAGGUUUACCUGAAAGGAUGAAAUUUGAACUCAUUGAACCCGUCAGGUACCUGUUUAAAGAGGAAGUUCGCGAGCUCGGAAGGCUUCUUAAGAUGUCAGAGGAGACUUUUAAUCGUCAGCCAUUCCCAGGCCCUGGCCUAGGUGUCCGUGUUCUUGGUGCUUUAACACCUGAAAAUGUACAAAAGGUGCGUAUGGCUGAUAAGAUUGUACGCGAGGAGGUUGAGAAAGCCAAGGCCGACGUUUCACAAUACUUUUGCGUUUACUUACCUGAUUUAAAGAGCACUGGACUAGUCAGGGGACAACGUGUUUAUGGAACCACUGUAGUUGUACGGUGUGUUAAAACAAAGGAUUUCGUCACUGCAAAGUGGGUCUACUUUGAUUAUGAAGUCUUGGACCGCAUUUCCCACAGGAUAACCUCAGAAGUUCCAGGCGUUAAUCGUGUAGUACUUGAUAUUACUAACAAGGAACCAGCAACAAUAGAGUGGGAAUAACCACUUUACAUACUUAAUAUAUAUUUUACAUUU